GCGCGCCGAGCUGCGCACCGCGACCCUGCGCGCCUUCUCGAGCCCUGGGGCUGGCUGCAUCAGCGAGGGGCGCGCCUACGACACAGAUGCGGGCCCCGUGUUCGUCAAGGUCAACCGCAGGGCGCAGGCUCGGCAGAUGUUUGAGGGGGAGAUGGCGAGCCUGGAGGCUCUUCGCGGCACUGGCCUGGUGCGGGCACCUCGGCCCAUCAAGGUGAUUGACCUCCCAGGCGGUGGGGCUGCCUUUGUGAUGGAAUAUCUGAAGAUGAGGAGCCUGAGCAGUCAGGCGUCGAAACUUGGAGAACAGGUGGCGGAUCUGCACCUUUACAACCAGAAGCUCGGGGAGAAGUCCAGGGCGGAGGAGAACACAGUGGGCCGGAGGACUGAGGGUGCUGGGCCCCAGUACGUGACCCAGUUUGGCUUCCACACGGUGACGUGCUGUGGCUUCAUCACACAGGUGAACGAGUGGCAGGACGACUGGCCGACCUUCUUCACCCGUCACCGGCUCCAAGCGCAGCUGGACCUCAUUGAGAAGGACUACGCUGACCGAGAGGCAAGAGAACUCUGGUCACAGCUGCAGGUGAAGAUCCCGGAUCUGUUCUGUGGCCUAGAGAUUGUCCCCGCCCUUCUUCAUGGGGACCUCUGGUCGGGAAACGUGGCCGAGGACGACAGCGGGCCCAUCAUUUACGACCCGGCCUCCUUCUAUGGCCACUCCGAGUUUGAACUGGCAAUCGCCUCAAUGUUUGGUGGGUUUCCCAGGUCCUUCUUCACCGCCUACCACCGCAAGAUCCCCAGGGCUCCGGGGUUUGACCGGCGGCUGCUGCUCUAUAAGCUCUUUAACUACCUGAACCACUGGAACCACUUUGGGUGGCAGUACAGGAGCCCAUCCCUGGGCACCAUGAGGAAGCUUCUCAAGUAGUGGCCGGCCGGCAGCCCCUGCCCAGCCGCUGAGCAGACGCCGGGGGUGGCUGCGCCGGAGGCCGCUUAAGGGAGAAUAAAGCCCUGGGGGUUUCAGGGA